GGAAUGGAUCAGGCAAGGCUGGAACGGAGCGUGCGUCUUCGGAAGCGGACCGCGGCUCCGACCGAGAUGUCUCAUGAGCAGUGCUACUAAAUUAGCCAUUUGCUUGAGUUUUUUGGUGAUAAUGUCAAACGAGGGGUCGACAGCAGCGCGCUUCAAAUCGGUAGAUUAUGAGAUAAGUGGCCAAGUACAGGGGGUCUGUUUCAGAAUGUACACGGAGGAUCAAGCAAGGAAACUUGGUGUUGUAGGAUGGGUUCGAAACACCAGGAGAGGAACUGUAGAUGGACAGGUGCAGGGCAAGGCGGAACUUGUAGAAUCAAUGAAACAUUGGUUAAGCAAAGUUGGAAGUCCAAGUUCGCGGAUUCAUCAGGCACAUUUUUCAAAUGAGAAAGAAAUCACCAAACUGGAAUUCGGAAAUUUCAACACCAGACACUGAGAGCGUGAUCUUUCAUUGGUCCUCAACUCAGAACGGAAGCAGUCACUUGGAAUCAUACUAAUAUUGUCCAUGUUCAGUUGAGUGCCUCGAAUUGCAUGAUUGCUGCUUGUUGGUAAAACACUCAUUUCAUUAAGGAAAUAUGCAAUGAUCUACUGUGAGUAAUAUGAUAUAGCUUGCACUAAUAUACACAGGGAUUCUCCUCUGCACAACUGUAGAAGAGGAUGUCUUCUUUCAAAAUACGCUAAUUAAGAAGUGCACGUUUGUCAUAUUAAAAAUAAAUACUUUUCGAAGUAGCCUUUAUGCAUCUUUAAGAAAAUGUUUCAGAAUAUAAAAAUUAUGAAUUGACUAGAUUUUGAAAUGUAAGAAAAUAAGUCAACUGUGAACUAUGGUAUUUAUGUCAUUUUAAUUAGAAUUCCUAAAUUGCUUUUGAUGUAGCACAGUUUUCAAAACUUGCCUGAACGUUAGUACUAAUACCAAGUAUUUUAAAACAUUUUUUGUCAUGGCCAAUGAGUAAAAUUAUUGAAAGUU